CAACCUCGGCCUUUUAGAGAAGGUGAAGCAAUCGACACAGCACGAGUCCUCCUCUCCUCUCGCGAGUCGCGACCUCUGCCCUAGGUCUGCUCGCCGCCGCGAUGAUAUCCCGGCACCAAGGCGUCACGACAUCUCCCUCCCGUCUGCUUUGUCUUGAUCUGGGCCCUUUGCUCGCUGUCAAGGUGGAGACGAGAAUGCAGUGUAGGACGCAUCCCAAGACGUUCCUUGCAGCGGCGAGGUGCCCUUUCUGUUUCCACCUUCUUUCUUUCGUGGAUGUCGUGUCUUCUUUGCCUGUGAGAGCCCAGAUCUGGCUAUGGUUUGUACUGAUCAUCGUUCCAGAGAAGAGACAGGAAGAGAUUGAUUCCUGCAUUAAGAAUCUGUCCAAAGACACCAAGCUUGGAACAUUUGGCACACUGGCAUCAUGCAAAGGUCCCUAUGUUGCGGAGGAAGCAGUGGCCCUAUGUUGAACUAGCCCAUGACCACUCAGAGAAGUCACAUGGGCUCCAUUCUUGACGGUGGAGAGGACGAGGACGGUGCUGGAAGCAAUGAUCAAUAGACAAAUUAUCUGCACUGGUGUACAAUAUCUUUUGUUUCGUCAUGUUGUCAUCAGUCCCAUGUUCUUAGCUUAUAUGAACAUACUUGCAUUUUCCUACAUAUAUAUAUGGAUAUAUACAUUGUGCAUAUUAUACUAUCCACAAAAAAUUACGUUUAACUUA